AUGGCGUCUCGGGGUCUAUGGAGUCUACGCAGCGCAUGCGGCCUUUCUUCUAUAGAGGCAUUUUCUAGGCAGCAUCGUUUAAAUAAAAUAUCUUUAAACAGUUUCUUGGGGGGCCCCCAAGGGGCCCCCCCUUGGGUAUUAGGGGGCCCCUGGGGGGGCCCCCCUGGGGCCCCCUCCUCAGGAGGUACAGAGGGCCCCUCAGUGGGUACUUGUUCAGCAGCAAAUAAACCCGAGAGGGUAUUAAAGGCAUUUGAAUGGGUAGAAGGAGAAGACAGCAGCAGGAAGAAGGAGGGGGGCCCCCUGGGGGCCCCUGACAUAGGGUCUGCUGGUGAUGCAUCAGGUUCCCCUCUUAAUGGUAGGGAGGAAGGGAGGGAAAGGAACGCAGCAAGGGAAAGUGAUGAAGGGAGAGAGGUAUUGGAGCAACGGCUGUUGUUAGAUGGGCGAUUUAUAAACUAUGAUGCCCUCAGGCGUCUCCCCAAGAAUACUCUAGGGUAUAAAUUAAUGCAUUUUCUUGACUCGAAUUCUCUGCAUGCGGGGCAUCGACAACCCGUCAGGUUUGUAGAGGAUGAGGAAUUGGCUUAUGUACUUACUAGAUAUAGACAACUGCAUGACGUGAUGCAUGCGGCCUUCGAUCUUGGAAUUUCUAUUGAGGCCGAAAUUUCCCUCAAAUUAAUUGAAUUCUAUCAGACAGGACUCCCGCUGUCUGCUGCUGCAGCAGAUGCAGCGCAUGCAGGGGAAGCAUCUGCUGCUGUUGCUAAGGCAGCACAUAGAUUAACCCAAGCCCCAAACAGCUGCAUGCAGCUGCUGCUGCCGCAAGAGCAGCACCAACAGCAGCAGCAGCAACAGCAGCAGCCCGCAACGGGAGCUGCGGAGUCACAAGCAGCAGCAGGAACAGCAGCCGAAGGUACACAAGCAGCAGGAACAGCAGCAGCAGCAGCAGCAGCAGAGGAGCCUGUUGUGCUGUACCCGCGCUCUGUGCUUCUUAAUGAGAUGCUUCCAUGGGUAAGAUAA